AUGCUACAAAGUGAAGAUGGGCUNAAACGAGUUGCCUCUAGCACAUCUGGUGUUACUUGGGAUGAAAAGGAAGAGAUAGUAGAAUCUAAAAGUCAAGCCAGUGAUAUAGAUAAAACUCCAGAAGAGAGGCCUGUGGAAAAACAUGACUCAGAUAUGAAUGUGAACGAGGAUGUUACCAUGACAAAUAUUGACCACAAUCAUAUCCUAUUUAAUGAAGAAAGCAACCCGAAACUAGUCUUCAGCAGGGUUCAAACUGGUGAUAUUGACAGUGAACCUGAUAAUUACGAGGAUGCUCUCAACACUAUUGAAUCAGAAUCUGAAAACGAUAUUGAUUAUAUAACAAAACGAGAGGUUCAACAAUUCACUUCAAAUGGCACUCAUGGAAACACUGAAUCUCCUCCUAAUUUACUGGACAAUAAUGUUUCUGAUGUCAUUUCCCAGACUGAAUAUACUGUUCCCACAAAUGAUGAAACAGCCAAGGAUUUAGUGGAAUCACUGAAAGAGAAUCAUGUUCUUGAUCUUGUAUCAAAGCCAAAUGCAUCUAAUCUGGUAUCUGUAAGCCCAUCAGAUUUCCUUGAUAGCGAAAACUUAACAAGAGACGCUGCAUCUGUCAACAAAGAAGCUUUCAGGGAUUUGCCCGAGUCACUGCAAGAUACUCUUCUUACAUCAGAGCCACAUGCAUCUAAUUCAGCACCUGUUAGUCCAUCAGAUGUUUCCUAUAGUGAAGAAAUGACCAGAGAUCCAGUUUCCUUCAACAAAGAAAUGUUUGGGAACUUGCCUGAUUCAUUGCAAGAAAUCCUUCCUCUCACAUCAGAAUCAAACGCAUCUGAUUUGGGACUGGGGAGUUCAUCAGAUGUCCUUUAUAGUGAAGAAAUUACUGGAGACAUUGUUUGCUUCAACAAAGAAACGUUCAAGAAUUCCCCCGAAUCGCAAGAAAUUACCCCUCUCACAUCUGAGCCACAUUCAUCUAAUUUGGGAUCUGGGAAUCCAUCAGAUUUUACUUGCAAUGAAGAAACGACCAGAGACACAGUUUCCCUAAACAAAGAAAUGUUCAGUAACUUACCUGACUCUAUGGAAGACGUUUCUCUUUGCACAUCAGGCCCACAUGCAUCUAAUUUGUCAUCUGUUACUCCAUCAGAUGUUUCUGUUAGCAAAGAAGUAGCCAAUACUAUAACUGAAUCACAUCCUUCUAAGACUCCUGCCAGUGAACAGGUUCCUCACACACAUGGAAAUUCUGUUUUGGAUCACUCAGUAUGCACCAAUAACUAUAUUGGUCCGACUUCUGUUAAUGAUGCUGUGUCAGUUCCAAUUGAAACCAAUGUAUCAUUUUUUGGUUCUAAUAGCACUACUUUGCCAGAUGAGGAAGCAGGUAAGAUCAGCUCCAAUAUCUGCAAAUAUGAAGAGACACGUAAAGAGUCUUUGUCUGAUCACUCAGUUAGAUUCUGGACCAAUGGUGGAUUAUUAGGACUUGAGCCAUCAAAACCUCCUGAUUUUAACAAGUCAAAUUCUAUUAGUCAAGGGCCUUUGAGCACAAAAGGUGAACCAGACGGUGCUUCAGGUCACAAUACAAUGCAAAAGAGCGAUGUUUAUAAAGAGGAACAGGAAUCAACGUCAGAAGAGGUUGCAGAACAGAUUCUAAAGGGGCGAACUUCUAGAUUCGUAACAUGCCAUGAUGAUGACCAAGCUUGCACCUCUGAAAACACAAAUGGCAAUUCUCUGCAGAGCAAUGGGUUUGAUCAGACCGAAAGGAACGGGUCAGGGGAAAUCAGAGUAAUUGCUCCUGGAAGUGGUCUUCCAGUGGCCCCUGAUACAAAGGACAGCACUGAAACCGACCAAGGAAUUGGUGAAAACUCAUCACGAGUGUUUGGACUUAGUCGUAGAUUACUAAUAAAUAGUUUUCAACGGAAAGUUUCAUUUGAUGAAAAAUCAGAACAUUAUAAUUCUCUGAAACAAGUUCUAUUGGAACAGAGUGGAGAAAAUGGUAUUGUGGGACAGUCAUUUCCUGAGACAACCACUUUCAAAGAGAAAGAUGGUUCUGUAUAUCCUAUAAAGUCACUUCCCCCUUCACCUCCACUUGAACAUAUGAAAAUAUCUUUCCAUCCCAUCGUUGGACUAGAGACCUCCAAACUAAAACUUAAAUUUCCUGAUGGCAAUAAUCGUCAUGAAAGCGUAAACGAUAUAUUUCCUUCUUUCCAGUUGGUCCCUGAAUCUUCUUCCAUUCCUCUGGAUGGCUCAGUUUCUCACUCUGAUGAUGACGACACUUUCUGUAGAUCAUCUCCGUAUAUAUCCGAUGAUUGUCGAAGCCCUCGCUCUGACUAUAACUCUGAUCAAUGGGAAUCUGAUGAAACUCCUGGAAGCAGUGACCAUGGGGUACAUGAUUCUCCUCGCAGAAAGUCAUCAACUGAGUCUGUGUCCAAUGAUGAUACCAAUGUCAAAAGUGGAAACGGUACUUAUACGGCUAAUGGCAUGGAGCAUUCUUUAUCCAGGCCUUUACUUGAUUUUCCAAGUUAUGAUAAUGUUAAUCCUGCACUUGAGAAAGAGAGUAAAAUGCAUUCCAAAUUCAAUAAUGCUGUUAUGCAACAUGGGCAUGCAGAGCCUACAGCGCCUCCACCACCACCUCCACUUCCUCCAACGCAAUGGUGGGUCUCAAAACCGCAGUUGGAUAUGACAAACGAGACACUGCAUUGUAUAUAUGAAGAUGUUGAACUUGUUAAUGAUCACAGUCUUUCAGAUUCUACUGUCUUCCAGCAACCUAGGUUCACCAAGGUUGAGCAAAUACAAAUUAAUGACGAUGGUCAUGAGUCUUAUGAGAACAUUAUAUAUAACUUGAAGAACAAGCCGGAUCAGCAGAUAUUGAAGGGUCAGAAAGAAACAAACCAAUUGAGAAUGGGAAAGGAGACUGAUGAAAGAGAAGAUUUCCUAUAUCAAAUCAGGACAAAAGCCUUCAACCUGAGGCCCACAGUAACAGGAAAGUCAAAUGAUGCAACUGGUCCCACUGCCAACGUUAAAGUUACAGCAAUUUUAGAAAAGGCAAAUGCAAUUCGUCAGGUUGUUGCAAGUGAUGAUGGUGAAGAUGAUGAUAACUGGAGUGAUACAUGACAAUUUUUUUUUUGUUUCAUACAUGAGCUGCCCCUUAUGUUUUUUAGCCUCCUGAAGUGAAGUUGCAUGAGGCUUUGUUGUAUGUACGCAUGUGUGAAUAAAUCUUGUUUAUUUGUUAUUAAUUUUAGUGCAAUUUCUUUUAUUAUCGUA